UCCCCCCAGGUCCCUGCAGUCCUGGCUCCCUAGCCCAGCUGCAGGGCCGCCAGCGUGAAUACAAGCUGGCUGCCCUCCACGCCAAGCAGCAGGGAGACACUGCUUCUGCCGCCAGGCUCUUCCGCGUGGCUAAGAGCUUCGAUGCUGUCUUGGAGGCCUUGAGCCGGGGGGAGCCUGUGGAUCUGUCCCUUCUGCCCCCUCCACCUGACCAGCUUCCCUCAGACCCGCCAUCACCAACCCUGCAGCCUCCGACUCCUGCCACAGCCCCCUUGACGCCAGAGGCGCCCCCACCCCCAAGGACCUUGCUGGAGGCACUGGAGCAGCGGAUGGAGCGGUACCGGGUGGCUGCGGCCCAGGCCAAGAGCAAGGGGGACCAGCGGAAGGCGCGAAUGCAUGAGCGCAUUGUCAAGCAAUAUCAAGAUGCCAUCCGUGCCCACAAGACUGGCCGAGCCGUGGAUGUGGCUGAGCUGCCUGUGCCCCCAGCAGAACAGCCCUGCGGCCCCCACAGCCCAGUCCAAGGCCCCACCCUCAAGGGCUGCCCAGUCAGGAUCAGCCCCAGCAGCCAAAACAGCCCCUAAAGGCACAUCCACCAGAGCCCAGCAGCAACUGGCCUUCCUGGAGGGCCGCAAGAAGCAGCUCCUGCAGGCCGCACUGAGAGCCAAGCAGAAAAACGAUGUGGAGGGUGCCAAGAUGCACCUGCGCCAGGCCAAGGGACUGGAGCCCAUGCUGGAGGCCUCACGCAACGGGCUCCCCGUGGACAUCACCAAGGUGCCGCCUGCCCCCAUCAACAAGGAUGACUUUGCCCUGGUCCAGCGACCUGGCCCAGGCCUGUCUCAGGAGGCCGCCCGGCGCUACGGGGAACUCACUAAGCUGAUCAGACAGCAGCAUGAGAUGUGCCUGAACCACUCUAACCAAUUCACUCACCUGGGCAACAUUGCUGAAACCAGCAAGUUUGAGAAACUGGCGGAGGACUGUAAGCGGAGCAUGGAAACUCUGAAGCAAGCCUUUGCACGGGGCCUCCCCACACCCACCGCCCGCUUUGAACAGAGGACUUUCAGUGUCAUCAAGAUUUUCCCUGACCUCAGCAGCAACGACAUGCUCCUGUUCAUCGUGAAAGGCAGCGGCCUGCCCACGCCCCCAGGGCUGUCUCCUGGUGACCUGGACAUCUUCGUUCGGUUUGACUUUCCCUACCCCAACGUGGAAGAAGCUCAGAAGGACAAGACCAGCGUGAUCAAGAACACAGACUCCCCGGAGUUCAAGGAGCAGUUCAAGCUCUGCAUCAACCGCAGCCACCGGGGCUUCCGACGGGCCAUACAGACCAAAGGCAUCAAGUUCGAAGUCGUCCACAAGGGGGGGCUGUUCAAGAAUGACCGGGUGCUGGGAACAGCCCAGCUGAAGCUGGACGCCCUGGAGACCUCGUGCGAGGUCCGAGAGACCCUUGAGGUCCUGGAUGGCCGCCGGCCCACAGGGGGACGACUGGAGGUGAUGGUUCGUAUCCGGGAGCCGCUGACAGCCCAGCAGCUGGAGACAACGACCGAGAGGUGGCUGGUCAUCGACCCUGUGCCAGCGGCAGUGCCCACGCACGUCGCUGGGCCCAAAGGGAAGGCCCCUCCUGUGCCUGCCCCUACACGGGAGCCUGGGAACAGAUCAGCCCGGCCCCUGCAUAGCCUCAGUGUGCUGGCCUUCGACCAAGAGCGUCUGGAGCGGAAGAUCCUAGGUCUCAGGCAGGCACGGCGGCCAGUGCCCCCAGAAGUGGCCCAGCAGUACCAGGACAUUGUGCAGCGCAGCCAAUGGCAGAGGGCACAGCUGGAGCAGGGAGGCGUGGGCAUCCGGCGGGAGUACACGGCCCAGCUGGAGCGGCAGCUACAGUUCUACACGGAGGCCGCCCGGCGCCUAGGCAAUGACGGCAGCAGGGAGGCCGCGAAGGAGGCGCUGUACAGGCGGAAUCUGGUUGAGAGCGAGCUGCAGCGGCUCCGCAGGUGAGGAGCUGACGGGGCUGGCGGCCCUGGGUGCCGGGGCAGAGCCAACGCGGCCGCCAACCAGACAAGCAGACAAUCAGCGGACAAUCGGUUCUGGACUCCAGCCCCGUCUGGGCUCCAGCCCGUCAGAGCCUCCCAGCCGGGGGCAUCAAAAAUGAUGCCCACCAGCUGGUGUGCCCCUCACCCAGGCCUGGCUGGGGGGGUCCGAGAGUCCUGUUUGCACAGCCCAGGGGUGUCUGGCCUCUGGCCUGCCCUGGAGUGGGGAGGGCAGCAGGACCAGGCCCCGAGAACCCCUGCAAGCACUUUACCUCCUGUCCCUCCUCAGCCUUACCCCUGAAGCCCUUCUGCACCCCAAAGAAGCCACUGAGGCUGGCCAAACCCUACUGGCUCCCCAGAGGGUCACCCUGGCCAGCUGGGACCCCAGGGUCCACACUUGGAAUAAACAGCCAGGGCCACAC